CAUGUUGUUCACUUAUAAUUAUAUGCCAAAUGGGUGUAACUGGUCUGUGGAAGCUGAUAGAGCCUUGUGGCAAACCGGUGCCGGUGGAGACACUGGAGGGAAAGGUGCUGGCCGUUGAUAUUUCGAUAUGGCUGCAUCAGGUUGUGAAAGGCUUUCAGGACAGCAAGGGAUCCGCACUGAACAAUGCUCAUCUGUUGGGUCUUUUCCAUCGCCUGUGCAAAUUGCUUUAUUAUCGUGUGCGGCCGGUUUUCAUAUUUGAUGGCAGCGUGCCGCAAUUGAAGCGCGAUACAAUUGCUCGCCGUCAGCAACAGCGCAGCAAGCUGAGCAAUGAGGCUGAUCGCAUUCAGGCACUCUUGCUGCAGUCACUCGCUAAGGAGAAGGUGGUGCAACAGGCGCUGGGCACCAACGCGGAAAUGCUGCUCAAGUCACCCAUUAAGCGUGGAGCUGCAGCAAAGUCAAGCAAAACUGAUGAAGACGAUCUGUUCAAGUUGCCGGAACUGCCAGCAACAUCAUCUUCAGCUCAAAUUAGUGAAAGCGACUACGAGGAUCAGGAUCAGGAGUAUGCAAGUACCAGUGCCACGUCGGACAGCUCCUUCGAUGAGUCAACUGCAAGACAUUCAUACAACGCCAGCUUGCAGGCCAUCGAUGUGCGCAGUCAACAUUUUAAGAACCUGCCGGCCGAUGUCCGUCACGAAAUACUCACAGACAUAAAGGAGACGCGUAAGCAAUCCUCCUGGGGUCGCCUCCAUGAGCUGCCGGCACGAAGCGAUGACUUCUGCUCAUUCCAAAUGAAGCGCCUGCUAAAGCGACGUGCCGUUCAGGAGAGCCUCGAACAGGCCGAGGAUGAGAUGGGUGGCCGUACACUGACCUAUGCAGAGCUAUCCGAGUUCUUCAGUGAGGAGGGCAUCGUUACACCCACGGCAAUUGAGCAAAAUACGCGUCAAAUUAGCUCAGAUGAGCACGUACGAUUCCUCUUGGUGCGUGAUCUUAAAAAGAAAUCCAUGGCUACGGAGGAAAGCAAAAUCAAAGUAAAAUGUGAGACCAUCAAGGACGAAAUCGAUGAACACGAUGAAAAUGAAGAAAAGCCAUCUACCUCGGCGAACGCUGUGAAGCCACCCGCGUUCAACGAUAAAAGUAAGAAAGAAUUGGGUGUAGAAUACGAUGCAGACUUACAAAUGGCAUUGGCACUAUCGCUUGAGGAAACAAAAGUAUAUGACGAAAAGGACUAUGAUUACGAUUCUGAUCAGGACUUGCGAUUGAAUCGCGAACAAAGCAAGAACUUGCGUCAUGCGGCAAAGGGUCCAGCACGUACCUACAUGAUCGAGUACGGUGGCAUGAACGAAGAUGAGGUUGAAAAUAUCAUGGAAGCGACACAACUGAAUGAUACACAGUCUCUGGAGCGACUGCUGCACAACACAAAUGUCAAUGAUACAUUAGCAAAGGCUGACACAGCCAACAAUUCAGCAGAAGAAGCUAAACUACUCGCCAUGGCAAUUGAACAGAGUAAGAAGGCAUCCGUUGCAGAUCUAAACAAAUCGGAACAAGUUGAAGUCAUUGAUAGCGAUACUGAUUCAGACUUGGAAGAAGUUGUUGAGGUAAAGGGAAUGCCAACAGAAUGCAAACAGAGUCUCGAAAUCUGUGUGGACAUUAAAGACCAACUGAAUGAAGGAGAUGAUCUCUUUGCGGACCUUUUUGAAAAUGAAAGCGAGCUAAAGGAUCUUAAGACUCAGGCAGCAGUCACUGGUGAUGCUGAAGAUCCUGUUGCUAAAUUGCUCAUAGAAGAAAUAAAAGAGCAAUCGAUUGAUAGUGUUAUUGAGGCAAAAGAAUCAGUAGACAACAAUAACGAAGGAAAUGAAGGAAUUCUCACAACAGAGACCGAAAAACAAGUAUUAGAUUCAGAAGACAACGCACCUAAAAUGAAGGAAAAUUGCACAGAGUCAGAAGAGAAGUCCAAAAAAGUGUUAAACAUUUCUAAAGAUUCUGAAAAUAGUGAAAAUAUUAAACUGAUUGCCACAAAAGAAAUCGAGAAACCGGCACCAGCUCUGAGCUCCAUACUUGAUGAGCUCAAGCGACAAACGGAUGAAGUUAAAAACAUUAAAUUGGAAUCAGUUAAACUAAGCAAUAGUAUGGUCAUAGAACUCUCCUCAGACGAUGAGAGUGCGAAAGUGCCAGCUCCUCCUGAGUCUAAGGAAGUCAUUGAGUUAUGCGACACUGAACAGGAUACGAAAACCACGUCGCCAAAUAAAACGCCAAGCAAGAGCAAAGCAAUAACCGAUUACUUUGAAACAACAUACAAGAUUAAACGCACACCCGAAAAGCCACAGGAUACUGAGGUAACGCCGCCCACAACUCCCAAGGUGGCCAAACCGUUCUAUGUAAGGCGUACACCAAAAUCGGGAGGCAAACGUUCGGGAGAGAAGUUGGAUGAGGGUGACGUCUCACCCAGCAAAAAACCAAGCAAAGCGGCAAAGUCACUUUUUGAGAAUGGUGAAAAGCCCGAAGAGGUUCAGCCAGUUAAUACUGAGGACCUUAUUAAGGAUGCAGCAGAUGCAUUGAAAUCACAGAACACAUCUGAAGAACUAGAGAAAAUGGCAACUGAUUUGGCAAAGGAGCGCCGGGAAUUGGAAGCCGAACGCAAUCGACAGGAUCGAAUGGGUAUGUCGAUUAGUCAGCGGAUGAGCAACGAUUGCCAGGAGCUGUUACGCCUAUUUGGCAUACCGUACAUUGUGGCACCAAUGGAAGCGGAAGCCCAAUGCGCUUUCCUCAAUGCCGUGGAGAUAACCAAUGGCACCAUAACGGAUGAUAGCGAUAUCUGGCUGUUUGGUGGUCGCACUGUCUACAAGAAUUUCUUUGCUCAAAAUAAGCAUGUGCUUGAGUUUCGGGCCGAGCAAAUUGAGCAGACAUUUAACUGCAAUCGCAGCAAGCUCAUUCAGCUCGCUUGCCUCGUGGGCAGUGAUUAUACUACAGGUAUACACGGCAUUGGUGCCGUAACUGCUCUUGAAAUACUGGCUUCCUUUACGACGUCUAAGUUGGAUUCUGCUACUACAUCAUUGGAUACGGCUAGCAAUGGAAGCGCCAUCACCAAUCAGUCUGUCCUGUCCACAUUAGUUAAAUUCCGAGACUGGUGGCAGUCGCAACACAAUGCCAACAUACCAGUCGGCAGCACGGCGCGUAUUUCUCUGCGCAAGAAACUCAAGAACAUAAAUCUGCACGAGGGUUUUCCCAGUUCGUCCGUUGUGGAAGCAUACUUAACGCCCAAAGUUGAUGAGACCCGCGACGCUUUCAGUUGGGGCUCACCCGAUGUGGAGUCCAUACGCGAAUUCGCGCGUAAGUUCUUUGGCUGGACCACGUCCAAGACUGAUGACAUUCUCAUGCCGGUCAUGAAGAAAAUCAACGAGAAGAAGAUUCAAGGCUCCAUACGCAAUUACUUCACGGCAAAGAGUGCGCUUCGAGUGCAGCAGCCAAUGGUCAGCAAACGUGUUCAGACAGCAAUUGAUAAAAUGUCUGGUAAAAUUGAUGCGGAAACGCCGGAGAAACCGAAACGGGCAACUCGUCGUGCACGAAACGCCGCAGCGUUGACAACGAAAGCCCAGGAAGCUCCCUUGGAUGAAGAAGAUGGGGAUAAGAAUCGUCCUGCACGUCCAAGACGUGUCAAACGAAAAGGCGCAAAAGAAACGGAGGCAACAACGAGUGAAAUGCCUUCCACGUCUGAGGCUACCUCGAAGCCCGCCAAAUGCGCACGCAUUCCCAACACCAAGGAGGUAAUACCCCAAAGAGAACGCGAUCUGGAGCAAAUGCGGCAGAACAAGGCGAAGGCAGCGGAGGUUUUAAGGACAAGCUUAAGAUCUUCGAAAUAAAUGAAACUUUUUGAAACUGUUCGCAUUUUCGUUAGAUUUGUUAAUGAAUCAUGUGUAAAUAAUAAUCAUUUUCAUGUAUAUUAGCAGCCAAAACCAAUAAAAAGUCAACACAUUUAAAAA